UCAUUCACUCAUUAUCACGUCGGUAUUCAAACAGUAUGGACGCAUGUUAAUACAAAAUGUUACAAAUAAUACUCUAUAUCGCAGUGACUUUAACCGCAGUGUCGGCAGAUUAUAAGUACGAAACGAAAUGGUGCCGGGUCCCCCUUGACCAUUAUGGAUUUCAGAGGAAUGAGACUUUUCAAAUCAAGUACCUGGUGAAUGAAGAGAGCUGGGAUGGCAAUGGACCCAUCUUCUUCUAUACGGGCAAUGAGGGUCAAAUAGAAGUGUUUGCCAAGCACACGGGUUUUAUGUGGGAGAUCGCGCAGGAGUUCAGAGCCAAACUCGUGUUUGCUGAACAUAGAUACUAUGGCGAGUCGAUGCCCUUUGGUAACAAAUCCCUGGAUAACGAACACAUUGGUUACCUCUCAUCUGCACAGGCACUGGCUGACUAUGCAGUCCUACUCAAUGAGCUUCAGGGCAACACCAUCAAGCCGAGGAAUCCGGUCAUCGCUUUUGGAGGUUCCUACGGAGGCAUGUUAGCAGCUUACUUCCGUAUGAAGUUCCCGCAUUUAGUGAGCGGUGCCAUAGCAGCUUCCGCCCCUGUGCACAUGUUCACUGGCAUGGCACCCUGCGGAGUCUUCAACAGGCUGGUCACGUCCAGCUUCAGGACUGUCAACAACAAAUGCUCCAGCAAUAUUAGAGAGUCUUGGAGUGUUAUCAAGAACUACUCUUCAACCGCCAACGGCUCCGAAUUCCUCCACAAGACCUUCAACCUCUGCAGCCCCAUCAAGAACGCGACAGACUUGACUGUUCUCUUGGAAUUCUUGGAGUCCAUGUACUCCACGCUGGCCAUGGUGAACUAUCCCUUCGCCUCGGACUUCCUUACCCCCUUACCGGCGGAGCCCGUCAGGGUUGUAUGCCAGUACCUCAAUGAGACUUUGACUGGUGAUAAAUUGCUACAGGCUAUAGGCAAAGUUAUGGACAUCUUCACAAACUACGAGAAGAAGAAUACCUGCGUUGAUUACAAGAAAGGUGAUGAUUACGGCAACCUGGACGCUGCUGGGUGGGAUUUCCAGGCGUGUACAGAGAUGGUGAUGCCAAUGUGCUCUGACGGCCACAACGACAUGUUUGAGCCUAAACCCUGGAACUACACAGAGUUCGCCGAGGAAUGCCACAAGAAGUACAACGUUUACCCUCGUCCAGAGAUGGCGAAACUGGAGUAUGGGGGUAACAGGCUCCAGGCAGCUUCGAAUAUCGUAUUCAGUAAUGGACUUCGUGAUCCUUGGACAGGAGGUGGCAUCCUCGACAGCUUAAGCGAUACUGUUAGAGCUGUAGUAAUAAUAGAUGCUGCUCAUCAUCUCGACCUGAUGCCCAGCAACCCCAGUGAUCCUGAGCCUGUGAAGAUAGCACGAAACAUCCACAAGCAACACAUCGCCCGGUGGAUAGAUCAGUUCAGAGAACAAAUGACACAUACGCGUAGAACUUGACUUUUGUAAUUAAUUAUUUGACUGUUGAUUAAAAAUACUUUUAUGAUUA